GGGAGGAGGCAGAGGCUGCUCACCAGUGAGUUGUAGUUCUCCUUUUGGGCUGUCCCCAGUUUUCUUUGCUGUUCUCCUUUCCCGACUGAGCCUCCCGGGGGUGGGGGGAGGGGGUGAGGCCAGCCUUCCCCUGCAGCCCCCACGCCCAAGCCUCCCACCGCGCAGCACGGCUCGGACCGGACCAUGGUCCUGCAGCAGGAGCCCCAGCUGCCAGAGAAAAAGAAACUGAGGCCCAGCACAGUCAGGUGACUUGCCCAAGGCCACACAGAGACCGACAGAAUAAGUCUUCCCAGCCAGCUGAGCCCUGCCCAGCAAUGCUAUCCUGAUCACAGGGCAGGUUUACUUACAGCUCCAAGUUUGCCAGUGUGACUCACUCAGCCCAGAGGAUCUCAAGGCUCCGAGGACCCCUUCUCAGUGGCCUUGGCAAGAGGCAGCAUGGCUACUGCCGUCCAGAGCAGUGAACUGGUCUUUGAGUUUGCCAACAGCGGGAUGGAGGAGAUCCAGCAGCUGGACGAUCCCUCUGUGUUCCCAGCUGUCAUUGUGGAGCAGUUACCCUGCCCAGAACUGCUACACCUAUACUCGGGCCUCGACCGGGAUGAAGUUUCCAAUGGCAUCAUGGCAGAUCGGGACCUGGGGGUGGCCGAAGGGCAGAUCCUGGAGGGAGGCCUUGUGGUGUCAGACGAUGCCACCCCUCCUGUCAUGGCCACUGAAGUCCUGCUGGACGUAGAGGCCCCCAACAACAUACUGGAUGAACGUCGAAUGUUCUGUGGUCCCGGACUGUUCACCGAACAGGACUCCUCAGGGGCUUUUGCAAACUGUGUUCUUUCCACCUCUUCGGGGGCAGACAUCUCGACCAGUGGGAGCGGGAGCAUCGAGGGGUUCUCCAUUCAGGAGGACAGCUCCGCUGCGGACACAGGCCUUGGGAGACCUCUGCCAGUGAGGUCCAAGAAGAAAGUCCAGAAAGCAAAAGCACCCCGAUGUCCCUCACCGGUCAGUGAGCCCAGUGUUCCCAUCCGGAAGAAGUCCAAAGAUGGCAAAGGGAAUACCAUCUACCUUUGGGAGUUCCUGCUUGCUCUCCUGCAGGACAAGAACACUUGCCCCAAGUACAUCAAGUGGACCCAGCGUGAGAAGGGCAUCUUUAAGCUCGUGGACUCCAAGGCUGUGUCAAAGCUUUGGGGGAAGCAGAAAAACAAGCCGGACAUGAACUAUGAGACAAUGGGGCGAGCACUGAGAUAUUAUUAUCAGAGGGGCAUCCUCUCCAAGGUGGAAGGGCAGAGGCUGGUGUACCAGUUCAAGGAGAUGCCCAAGGACCUGGUGAUAAUCGAAGAUGAAGAAGGUGAAGAGGCCAAUGCAGAACUCCAACAGACCCCACCUCCACGCCGAGCUGCUUCAAAGGCUUCAGCCCGGCCUGCCACCCAGCAAAAGAAGGAUUCCCCUGGGGAGGCUUUGCAACAAGGACCGCAGGCGGCGCUGAGCCUCCAAGUGAUGACCCAGGAGAGCUCAGCCGCUGCUGUUGCCGCCGUCGCCGCCACUGCGGCUAUGGCAGCCCCUUCUGGCGAGGCUCGUGGGACUCUGGCCCGCACAGUCAGUGCAUCUUUGGUUUCUAACAACGGUGGAGUGUCCGCAGCAGGAGCCGGCUCAGGCUUAGGAGCCCUGACCCUUCAGACCAUCCCACUGACCACAGUGCUGGCCAGUAGCUCCUCAGCCGCCUCAGCAACCUCAUCCCAAAUUGUCCUCCAGGGUGUCCCUUCGGCCUCAGCCUUCAAGGACAUUGUCACCCUGCAGGCUGCCUUCCCUCUGGGAUCUAACUUCCCAGAGGGCUCGGCCACAGCAGGGCGUCCAUUUGUCCUUAGUGGCCUCCCAUCGUCAGCCCUUGGGUCUGCCUCCAGGCCCCCGGGGACCUUGGUUGCUGCCAUCAUUAGGACUCCAGGAGUGAAGGAGGCACUUCCCGGGCCCCCUUCUUACCUGCAGGGUGUUGUUGCUGACGAGGCCCUGGGGCAGCCUCAGUUGCUUCAGAUGCAGGCACUUCUAGAGCACUCUCAGCCCCAGGAAGCCCCGGGGAUGCCAGUGCUGCCCCAGACCCCCACCAGCUGCCCUUCUGUUGGCCUGACCCCCGUGGCUGAACUGGAACUUGCCACCAGCCCAGGGGCCCUGCUGGUAACUGAGCCCAACCUGGCACAAUCAGGAAUGGUGCUGGCUGGAGCCCUGGGCCCUUUCCAGGAGCCCAGGACUGGAGCCAAAGGAGGGAGGGGAGAAGGGGAGCUCUGAAGUGAUCGAUUCCUGGCCCUCUGGAGAAGGACUCCUCAAGGGAGCCCCACCCACCGGUCAAGUGCCAGGGCCCUCUCUAGGUGAAUCUCUUCUUAUGGCUGCCACCUUGAAUGGAAUCCCCCUCUUCCCCUCUCCCUGGUGCUUGCUUUGGAGUCACCUGGGGGAGCCUGGCAGAGAAGCCAAGGGCGCCACCAGGCAUGGGGUGGAGAGGGAGCUCUCCGCCAUCAGCCUUAUUGUUUCUGCCCAAGCCCCACUGGGACCCUUUGUGUUCAAGAACUUGGCCCUUAAGAUCUUGCUGCAUCUGGGAGAGGCCUCCUCAGUUUCGCCAACCAGGACCUGCCUAGAAGCAGCAAGGAAUAGUGUGGGAGCGCUGGAUUUAGAGCUGCAUUACGUGGCUUCAUAUCCCAGCUCUCCCACUCACUAACUCUGUGACCUUGGGCAAGUCCCUUCACCUUACUGAGCCUCAGUUUCCUUAUCUGUAAAAGAAGGGGUCGGACUGGAUAAUCUCGAAGGCCCCCUCUAACAAUAGAUAUCCUCUGAUCCUUGAAUGCCAGCAAGAAGCCAAUGAAACUGUCACCAGCCCUUUGCCAUUUUUGACCAGAAUUAGUUGGGCAUCCCUGGAGCCACGCCCUUGGGCUUCAGGGCCAUUCAGACACAAGCACCUUUCGGAGAAAGUGGUUUGGGUCUCCGGAGGAAGCCUGUUCCCCAGGCUGGGCAGUGCUAACUCCUGGUGCUGUUUCUGUUGCCCUGACUAGACUGUGAGCUCCUUGGGGUGAGGGGGGGAAGGGAAGGGGAAAGAGAAAGCUUUUGGGGUGGGACAUGGGGGCCCUGCUCCACAGCCAGGCAUUGCUAAAUUGAACUGGCUUCCAGCUGAGUCAACUUGCUGGAAUCAGCUUCUUCAUCACCAUUCCCUGCACCGAGGGACAUAGUGGGUCCCUGGGGUAGCUUGGGAGCUUUGUCUGUGUGUGCUUGUGUGUCUGUCUAUGUGCCCGCUCACAUGCAUGCACUUAGGUGCUCAAGUCUGUAGAAACCAGCAUGGCUUAGUGGCAGAAGGCCUGGAUUUGGAAUUCAAAUCCUGGCUCUCCCACUUCCUCUGUGAUCCUUGGCCAGUCACUGCCCUUCUCUGGGCCUCAGUUUCUUCCUCUGGAAAACGGGGAGAACAAUACUUACACUACCUACCUCCCAGAGGUGUUGUAAGGAGAGCCCUUUGUAAGCUCAAAAGGGCUCUAGAAAAGACAGCUUGGACUCCUGGGUGAGGAGGGCUCCUCUGGAGGCCCCGGCCUCGCUGGUCAGGAACGUCCCCAAGUAUCUGAAUUUCCCAUUCUGGGUCUGUCAUUCAGGAAUUCCUUCCCAAAUUUUGGGAAGUUCUUUGGAUCUGAAGCCAGGUCAGCUUUUCUGGCUCUCAGCACCAUCUGUUGUCUCCCCCUGUGGGAGAGGAUGGCCUUGGACUUGACCAAAACCUGCCUCUGGCAGGCUGAAGAAGGGUGGGUGGGUGGGACCCUGGCACUUGUGGCUGGGAUCCCACCAACAGGUCAGAGCCUGUUCCCCUAACCCUUUCUUGAUUGAAUGUGUCCUUAGGGUCCCCCCACCCCGCAAGAGUUUGCCUUUCCAGGCCCGAGAGGCCUCCUUCUUGGUGUGUACUCCUGCAGCCAUUCUCCUCCCACUAGCACCUUGGAAGUUGUCCUGGAGGAGGGGCAGGAAGGGAGGAGAUUGGAGCAGGCCCAGGCCUUCCUGGGACAGGUGGAAAGGGAAGCGAAUGGACUCAUCACAUAUAGUCAUUUUCCCAUCUGCUUCCAAAGGAGGCAGGCCCUGCCCCUGGGCGGCCCAUGGAAAUGCCCACCCCCUCGCAGCCUGCAUAGCUACUUCCAUAAACAGAAUCAGAAGACUUAGAGCUGGAAAGGAUCUUGGAGAGCAUCUAGGCUCCACCCCCUCGCUUUCCCAGGUGGAAACUGGAACUUUGAACCCAGGUCCCCAGGACUCUCAGCCCCCCUCCCUGAUUGGUCACUCUGUGUGGUGAGGGGCCCUGGAGCUGUGUGUACACUGUCCGCUGGAAUCGAGGCCCAUCCCCACCCUCUGAUUUCUGGGUGCUCCACCAUCAACAAAUAUUUCUGUGCCAGCCCCUGGUAGGUACUAGGGACACAGAGAAAAGCAAUCCCUGUGUCCCUGGAGUAACACAGGAUAUGGGAGUGGAUAUGUUCAAAGAUGCAGAAAAGUUGAGGGAGGGGGUGCUAACCACUUACACAGGCCUCUUUGGCCCUGACACGGAGUUUUCAAAGAAGCUCACCAUUUGAAGUGAGCGAGAGCAUUCCAGGACACCCUGUGAAAAGGUGCCAAUGGGACCCAGGGUCAUCUCCGAGACCAGGAAGCUUCUUUGGCUCAAGCCUGGAAUUUGGGAGGGAGAAUGGGGAAUCAGCAGUGGACAGAUCAGAUAUGGUGGGGCUUUAGAUACCCCAAUUCCUAUUUUCCCUUGAGGCGAUAGGGAGCCACUGAUUCUUGGGUCAGGAGACUUGACAGAGUUAGAUCAGUGCUUUAGGAAUAACCAUUUGGCAGCUGUGUAGAAGUGCCAUUGAUGAGAGGAGGGCAGCUGGCAAGGUUUUCCCAGGGCACGUAUCCCACCCCCCAACUGCUGUGACAUCACACCUGGACCUUCAGAGCUCAGUCUCGAGGUGGUCUCCACGGGCUAAAGUGAGGCUGUGGCCAGGGCCUGAGAGAGUAUAACUGAGAGCUCCCUGUUUUGCCGGGAACUCGUUCUUCCCCCAGUGAUCUGUGCCUGCUGGGGCCUAACGUCCUUAGCAGAUUUAGAUAGAGGCUCCAGCCAGGGGUUGAAUUUCCUCUGAGGACACGUGGUAGGAGCUGUAGUCGGGUUCCAAGGUCUAGAUGAGGGAGCCUUAGUUAGCUAUUUUUGUCCGAAAGCAAGCUGAGUGGACCACAAGCUCCAGAUGAGUGUGGAAUGUGGUGGCCAGUGAAGCCCCUGACCCCUGGGGCUGGGAGCAGCAAGACUUGGAGGAUGGGCCUGGCCCGGGGUCCCAUCCAGAGGACAGUAGACAUUUCCACAAUUGGGGCCCUCCGUCACAGGAGGGGCCUCAUGGCGGAAGAGACCCAGGCUGUGGUGCAGCAAUUUUAGGCUGGAUGGCAGGAAGGAAAUGUUCUCUACCAGUUAGAGCCAGGCACGAUUGACCCAAGUCUAACCCUCCCUCCCCACUCAACAACAUCCCAGGCUAGGGAGAGACCAUGCAGUGUUAUUAGCUCUUUGGGAUCCAUCAGCCCAUGUUCCCUUCCAGUUGGAUGUGAGCCUCCCCAGUCUCAGAGGAAAGAGCACUGGAUUUGAAGUCCUUGGACAGGUCACUUCUCUCCUGCCUCUGGGCCUUGGUUUCCCAUCUGGAAACUGAAAUGGUCUUUCAAUUCCUUUCCAGCUGGCUCUCAAUGGAAUGAGUGCUAUGUUUUUGAAAGCAGAUCAAAUGGUAAGCAGAACCAGGAAAACAACCUACACAAUGACUGCAAUUGUAUAAACGAUAUGAUAAGAACACUAAAGCUGCAUGUGUAAUUGUAGUGAUCCCGCUGCAUCCUCCUGGAGAAGAUGAGGAAAUGCAGUCUCCCUUCCUUUGGAGAGGCGGGGGGCCCUGGGUGCAGAAUACUGCAAACGCUAGCUGUCAGAUGUGGUUGCUGUGUCGCUCGGUUUUGCUUCACUGUUUUCAUUGUUACAAGGGAAGGCUUGCGGGUGGGGAUUGGGGUGGGGGCGGUAUAACCUUAAAUGGCUAUGAUGUAAAGACAAACAGCAUCAAUAAAAGUUUAAAAAAAUUAAAG